CUCGGGAAUUUUCAUUGCCAUCUACGUAGCCAAUAUGGCGGGUAUGACACUGAACUCUGUAUUGAAAAACAAAUUAGAAUCGUUUAGGUGCUGCGCAAAUGAUGUAAUUCACUUUAAACUUGUAAGACAGAAGUCGGACAUGGAAGAUGAUUCUUCUACUUUUCACCCAGAGAUGACCCAUCAGCUGUUCGGUGAACAGGAAUCCAUAUUUGGUUACAAAGAUCUUAUUGUGGAGAUGUUCUACAGUGCUUCCAGACUCACAACCUAUGUCAAUAUGCAGUAUUUUGAGAAAAUUUCAUCCAACAUGUUUGGUGGUAUAGAACCUGAUAAUGUUUUGGAAACUUUAGCAAAAGAAAUUCCUCCAGGGUUUGUUACAAAUAAGGAUGAAUUUACAAGGUUAUUACCAAAAGAUGCUUCUUUUAAACCAUAUGGAGAGAUGAUCCAUUCAUAUAAAGUCUCUAAAGGAAAUGAUUUGAGAAACUUCGAGAUCUACCACACCAAUAUCGACACUCCAGGGUUUAGAGAGUAUCAUGAACGGUUACAGACAUUUAUACUUUUCUUCAUUGACGGGGCAUCAUUCAUUGAUGUUGAUGAUAGUAGAUGGCACUUCUAUCUGUUGUUUGAGAAAUACAAAGUAAACGAUAAUCCAAUGCACGCUAUAGCAGGCUACAUGACCGUUUACAAUUAUUAUGCAUAUCCAGAGAAAAAACGUCCUCGUGUCAGUCAGGUACUGAUUCUACCGCCAUUUCAGAAGCAGGGCCAUGGUGCAGAAUUGCUGCAGACAUUUUACAAUACAUGUUACUCAAGAUCUGAAAUCAAGGAUAUUACUGUUGAGGAUCCAUCCGAAAACUUUCAGCGAGUUAGAGAUUAUGUGGAUGCAAAAAACUGCAUGGAUUUAGCCAGCUUUAAAUCAGACAAAUUGCUGUUGGGAUUUUCUGAUGACAUGGUUCAGGAUGCUAGAAACAAACUGAAAUUAUCUAAAAGACAGACAAGAAGAAUCUACGAGAUAUUACGACUGAAAGCAACAAAUGUCAACAACAAGGAGCAGUACAGAAGUUAUAGGCUGGAGGUGAAGAAAAGAUUAAAUGCUCCAUUUCAGAAAAAUGGACGUGAUAAUAAGAAACUAGAACAAGUUUUACAACCAAAUGAACUGUCAGCCACCAUGAAUUCAUGGCCUUUAGAUCAGAGGCAUGCUUAUUUAGAAAAAGCUUACGAGGAAUUUGAAGAACAAUACAAACUAGUAAUUGACAGACUUGAAAAAUACCACUGAUAACAUUCCAUUAUUCCGAAAGGAAACACUCAUGUUCAAAUGAAAACCCAUAAUUGAUUCAACUUUAUAAAAGUUGAUUUCCAGUGCUAGAUUUUGUAUGAUAACUUAUGUUCUGACUAACUUGUACUAAAUGUUGCUUUGUCAGUAAAUUAUUUGUGUUCCAA